AUGCUGGCUGUGGCGCUUGUCGCUCUGUUCGAUCGUCUCUCGCGCCCUUCUUCGUUGUCAAAGAAAUCAGCAAAGGUCUCUACAACCUGCCAGUGUGCUUCCGAUCUGCACAACUUGCUCGCUGCUCUGCGGAAAUGCUUCAACACCUACCAAAUCUCCUUAACGACUCUGAAAACAGCAUUUCACGACGUGAAAUCUUUGCUUCCAGCUGAUGGCAUUCUGCAGCCGGAAGGCACCGUCGUCUUCGAAAUGUUUAGUCUGCUUUCGGUGGCUUCUUCUAUGCAGCCGGCCGUGAAACCAUCUUCACGACCGGGGGACGAUAUUCGUGCAAGCUCCCGCACUCCUUACCCCUCACUUCCAACUGAUGCGGGCAGCACAACUUCUGCCUCCGCCCCAGACGACGUAUUUGAACGUCGACUGGCCUAUAUAGCCUUCAUGGUGGAAUUACUU